CGCUGGUGGAUCUCUGCACUGCAGCCUCCUCCUCCUCCUCUUCUUCUCCCGGAGCAUCGCUGCAGUGUUAGGCAUCAGCCGCUGUCAAGGGAAGAGCAGGAGCCGGACAGGUUGGAAGCGGCAGACUCGCAGGAUGCUCAAUAACCUGACAGAGUGCGAGGAGGGAGAAGGGGGCCCCAGCCAAGGAGAUGGAAAUCCCAAGGAGAGCUCUCCAUUCAUUAACAGUUCAGAGAUGGACACGGGAAAGAACAUGGCACUGUUUGAGGAGGAAAUGGACACCAGUCCCAUGGUAUCCUCACUCCUCAGUGGCUUGGCCAAUUACACAAACCUGACGCAAGGUGUGAAAGAACACGAGGAAGCAGAGAACAAUGAGGGAGGGAAGAAGAAACCAAUUCAGGCACCCCGCAUGGGCACCUUCAUGGGUGUUUACCUCCCCUGCUUACAGAACAUUUUUGGAGUGAUCUUAUUCCUGCGUCUCACCUGGGUGGUCGGAGUCGGUGGCAUCAUGGAAUCUUUCAUUAUGGUUAUGAUGUGCUGCUCUUGUACAAUGCUGACUGCUAUCUCAAUGAGCGCCAUCGCUACCAAUGGAGUUGUGCCAGCUGGUGGAUCGUAUUACAUGAUCUCUCGAUCGCUUGGGCCGGAGUUUGGAGGAGCCGUGGGUCUUUGCUUUUAUCUUGGAACCACAUUUGCAGGUGCCAUGUACAUCCUGGGAACCAUAGAGAUCCUGGUGACGUAUCUCUUCCCUGGCAUGGCUAUCUUUAAGGCUCAGGAGGCCAGUGAGGAGGCUGCCGCAAUGCUCAACAAUAUGCGUGUUUACGGCACGUGUGUGCUCACCUGCAUGGCCAUUGUGGUUUUUGUGGGUGUUAAAUAUGUGAAUAAGUUUGCCCUGGUUUUCUUGGGUUGUGUCAUCUUGUCCAUCCUCGCGAUAUAUGUUGGGGUAAUCAAGUCAGCUUUCGACCCUCCGGAUUUCCCUAUUUGCCUUCUUGGUAACCGUACACUCUCCCAGAAAGGUUUUGAUGUCUGUGCCAAGUUUAUUGACAAUGGCAAUGAGACAAUCACCACUCAGCUGUGGGCUCUCUUCUGCUCCUCACCACUCCUGAAUGCAACAUGUGAUACAUACUUCGCUCAGAACAAUGUGACUGAGGUUCAGGGCAUCCCUGGUGUAGCCAGUGGUCUCAUUCGAGAAAACCUUUGGGCUGGUUACAUGCAGAAAGGUCUGAUAGUGGAGAAACAAGGACUACAAUCUGUUUCAAAUUCAGAUACAGUCAGUCUGGACCAGCCAUAUGUAUUCAGUGAUAUGACCACCUACUUUACUCUUCUGGUGGGGAUCUACUUCCCCUCAGUUACAGGCAUUAUGGCCGGUUCUAACAGGUCUGGAGAUCUUCGAGAUGCCCAGAAAUCCAUCCCCAUUGGCACAAUAAUGGCCAUAGCCACCACAUCAUUUGUCUAUAUUUCUUCAGUCAUUUUAUUUGGAGCAUGCAUUGAGGGUGUUGUCUUGCGUGACAAAUUUGGAGAGGCAGUGAAUGGAAAUUUAGUGGUAGGCACUUUGGCAUGGCCAUCCCCUUGGGUCAUUGUGAUUGGCUCUUUUUUCUCUACAUGUGGGGCAGGUUUGCAGAGUUUGACAGGGGCCCCACGUCUCCUGCAAGCAAUUGCUCGGGACGGAAUUGUGCCAUUUCUCCAGGUCUUCGGUCAUGGGAAAGCUAAUGGAGAGCCAACAUGGGCCCUUCUCCUCACAGCCUGUAUCUGUGAGAUUGGUAUCCUCAUUGCAUCCCUGGAUGAAGUGGCUCCAAUUCUUUCAAUGUUUUUCUUAAUGUGUUACAUGUUUGUUAACUUGGCCUGUGCAGUGCAGACCUUGCUAAGGACUCCCAACUGGAGGCCUCGUUUCAAAUAUUACCACUGGUCUCUUUCAUUCCUUGGGAUGAGUCUUUGUCUGUCUCUGAUGUUUAUCUGCUCCUGGUAUUAUGCUCUUGUUGCCAUGUCAGUCGCUGGACUUAUUUAUAAAUACAUUGAGUACAGAGGGGCAGAGAAGGAGUGGGGCGAUGGGAUCCGCGGUCUGUCGCUCAGUGCUGCUCGAUAUGCACUUCUGCGGUUAGAAGAAGGACCACCACAUACAAAGAACUGGAGGCCUCAGUUGCUGGUUCUAGUACGUGUGGACCAGGAUCAAAAUGUCGUUCACCCGCAGCUCCUUUCAUUAACCUCUCAACUGAAGGCAGGGAAGGGUUUGACAAUUGUGGGCUCGGUGGUAGAGGGAACAUAUUUAGAAAAUCACCCUCAGUGUCAGCGUGCUGAAGAGUCUAUUCGCCGAAUCAUGGAGGCUGAGAAAGUAAAAGGUUUCUGCAAAGUGGUUAUUUCAUCAAAUACCCGGGAUGGGAUUUCCCAUCUGAUUCAGUCUAGUGGACUUGGAGGCUUGCAGCAUAACACGGUACUAGUGGGUUGGCCACGAAAUUGGAGGCAGAAAGAAGACCACCAAACCUGGAGAAAUUUUAUUGAACUUGUAAGAGAAACAACUGCUGCUCAUCUGGCUCUGAUUGUUACCAAGAAUGUGGCUAUGUUCCCUGCAAACCCGGAAAGAUUUUCUGAAGGCAACAUUGAUGUUUGGUGGGUUGUCCAUGAUGGAGGAAUGUUGAUGCUACUGCCAUUCCUUCUGCGUCAUCACAAGGUUUGGAAGAGAUGUACAAUGCGCAUAUUUACUGUUGCACAGAUGGACGACAACAGCAUCCAAAUGAAGAAAGACCUAACCACCUUCCUUUAUCAUUUGAGAAUUAAUGCUGAGGUAGAGGUGGUUGAAAUGCAUGACAGCGAUAUCUCAGCCUAUACUUAUGAGAAGACUCUAGUCAUGGAGCAGAGGUCCCAAAUUCUAAAGCAGAUGCAUCUCACCAAAACUGAACGUGAACGUGAGAUUCAAAGUAUAACAGAUGAAUCCCGUGGAUCCAUCAGACGCAAGAAUCCUUCUAACCCCAGGCUGCACUUGAGCGUUCCGGAAGAGCAGGUGGGAGACUGUGAGGAGAAGUCCGAAGAAGAGGUACAGCUUAUUCAUGACAAAAAUACAACAGACGUUUCAGUCAGUGCCCAGUCUCCAGCAGAAGAACCAGACACAACUCAAGAGAAAGUCCACCUUACCUGGACUAAAGACAAAUGCACAGCAGAAAAAAACAGUAGUAAAAGUCCCAGCACUCCAGAGGCCAUUAAAGAUUUCUUCAACAUGAAGCCGGAAUGGGAAAACUUAAACCAGAUCAAUGUACGAAGAAUGCACACGGCCGUGAAACUCAAUGAAGUCAUUGUGAAAAAAUCCCAUGAUGCAAAACUGGUUCUCCUUAAUAUGCCUGGACCACCCCGCAACAGGAAAGGGGAUGAAAACUAUAUGGAGUUUUUAGAAGUCCUCACAGAGCACCUGGAUCGGGUUAUGUUGGUUCGAGGUGGAGGACGAGAGGUUAUUACCAUCUACUCUUGAAGAGCAGAUAUCGGAUGAAGUUUUUGUGGCACUUAGCAGGGUCCUUCAACCUCUCUCCACAUCCCAUGGCACCUGGGAAGUUAGAGGAGAGGAUGAAAAGGCAAGUGGUUAGUGCUCGCAAUCUUCACCUGCUUCCACCAUUUCCCUAUAAUGCCCUUACAUGUGAACUGCAGCAACAGAUCUUCCAUUCCAGCACAAGUGCAACUGUUCCUCAUAUAUUCAUCAGCGUGCCACUGAUGAAGUUUAUAUAUGAAUAUUUACAUACAGUCUAUGUACGUUUCUUAAACUGAGCCGCACUGCUUAAGACGCUACCAAUACUGGCCCCUUUUGUGCAUCCUGUGAUCCACUGUUACACCAAUCUCUCCCUGGCCCAGGCAUGAAGAUGAUGUAUUUUACUAGAAGGCCAGAGAAAUUGUUUACUCAUACCUCUGGUAAUAAAGACCAGUUUCAGUUAUUGACAAGCAAAGGGAGAGAGAGGGGUAUUCACCAGCAUGCUUAGCUUUCCAAAUGUUCCUCUCUCCAAGCUCUUUUCUUGGGUGCCACUAUGUUCUCCUCGGCUUUCGCAUGUUUAUUCAGCCAACACGAGGAACAGCAGAGAAGUGAGCAACAUUACGUCAAGAUGUUCAAUAUUUAUGCAGACCGCACCCCUAAAAAGGAACAUGAGGUGGGAGGAGGGAGCAAAGGACCUAGGGGAUCCAAGAAUUCAGCUUACACAGCUGUGCAGAGGACCAUUAGAGCGAGAAAACCAACCAAGGGCUGCCUCCCUCGCAAAAUGGUGUGUGAUGCCGAGGAGUAUGUUGCAAUAAUAAUUUGAUGCAAAAAAAAAAAAAAAAGAAAAAAAAUUAGAAACUUGUCUAUCUGCCUUUACUGUUAAUUGAACCCUUUGUGUUCUAUAUUGUUUCCUAAUUAAAGGUAGUGCUGGGGGAAUAGUGCACAUUGUUUCCAUCAACAUUUAACUGAGCCAUUAAGCCCCAUAUUUUGUCUCCCGUAUUCUUAGAGCAUCAGUGGCAGGGAACCACUCUCCACCUUUCAGACUGUGAGCUGCUCCCAUUCUCUCACUUGUUUAAAAGUGCAUGAUCUAUUAUAGAGACAGCCAAUGUAACACUCACAUCACUCUGUACCUCACCUUUAUUUGUUUCAGCAGUGUUAUAUGUGCUUGCUUUCCCCGCCCCUCCCUUGCAAAUGAUUUGCCCAUUACAUGUUCGGAAGGUCUAGACGUAGCAGUGAUUGGAUUUAUAGAUGUCCAUUAAAAAGUCUUUGAAAAUAUAAUUUAUAAUAUUGUUCAACAUAUAAUUAUUAAAAGUAUCUAUUAUUG